CUGGCGAGCUUCGAUUCACAGGGUCGCAAAGAGUCGGACAUGACUGAGCGACUGAACUGACUGUAAUAUUGCUCUUCGAAAUCUGGAAGGAAUCAAACAUGAGGGCAUUCUGUCUUCUCUGAGCAUAAUAAAUCUCACUCUAAAUUCAAAAAUAAAAGGAGUGAGGAUAACUGUGUGUAGUAAAUCCAUCUACUUUUCAAUUUAUGCCCUUUUGUAGUGAUUUAUUUUUCAACCAUGUGUCUAGCUUACAUUUUUAAGAAUAUAAUUGAACUUAACAUUUAAAAAAUGAAAACUUCUUAGAUCCUUCCUCCAUCAAUUUUUGAGCACACUCUUGAGACCUUCUAUACUGGACAUCACAGGUGAAUUCUGUUCCAAACAAUCUCCCUCACCAUGUAGCAACCAUGUACUCUGGCUAAAACUGAAACCAUCAAAAGCUUAAGAGGUGACCCCAGAGAGGAUUAAAGCAAAACAGAGGACAAAGAUGAGUUCAGAUUCUGAAACUAAAAUCUCCACCUACAAUUCUAUUGUGGGCUUCCCUGGUGGAUCAGCUGGUAAAAAUUCUGCCUGCAAUGCGGGAGACCUGGGUUAGAUCCCUGGGUUGGGAAGAUCCCCUGGAGAAGGGAAUGGCUAGCCACUCCAAUUCUAUUCUGGCCUGUAUAGAAUUUCAUGAUAGUCCAUGAGGUCACAGAGAGUCAGACACAACUGAGUGACUCACUUUCACUUUCUUAAUUCUAUACCCCUGAAACAAUGAUCGCCUCAGCAGCAGGUACAUGAUCUUGGUUAGUCUGAUCAGAGUAAAACUAAGUUUUUGUCCUACAACUGGGAAAGAGAAUCUCUCUCACUCUCUCUUCCUGUGCUGAAAAAGACAGCAGAUGACCAUAACUGUAGCUGGAAUAAAUCUUGGGAAACUGAGGGAAGCCAGUUUUAGGAGUAAGCUUGUGUUAAAUGAAACUAACAUGUUUGUGUAUUUGUUCUUUUUUUUUUUUUUGGUAAAUUAUGAGAAACUAGAAUGGCAACCCACUCCAAUAUUCUUGCCUGGAGAAUCCCAGGGACAGGGGAGCCUGGUGGGCUGCCAUCUAUGGGGUCGCACAGAGUCGGACACGACUGAAGCGACUUAGCAGCAGCAGCAGCAGCAGCAGAACUAAAUUACGGAUUUCCACAAUAUGUUUCACCCCAAUAUCUUACUUCAUUUUUCUCUUAGUUCACAGUUCACUGCUAUCAAGGAAAUCUACAGAAGGCCUUCUAGUGCUAUAAGAACUAUCUAUAUAUAGUUCUCUUUGUUCUACCUCAUGGUUAAUUCAGUUUUAUAUCCUUUGAGAGGACUUCUGAAAUGACUUGUGUACACUUUCCCUUUCCCUUACCACUUAAGGAAGGCCAAGUAGUGUUGGAAUUUUGUUCAGUGAAACAGUCACUUAUACUCUCCUUGUUUCUGGUGCUCAGUUUUCUCAGAAAGAUUACAAGCUCCUGGGGGCCAGGAAUCACAUAUUUCUGUAUUCACCACAAUUGUGUGGAGAGUGGAGAAGGAUGCUUAAAUGCUUUUUAAAAUACUAGUAACAUAAAAAACUAUAAACAGUAUAGAAUACCUCUUAUGGAUGAUAGACUAUAUCUGUAAUCACUUGAACACAAUAUAUAAAAGAAUAUUUGCUUCUGGAGGAUAUUUAUGUGAAUGGAAUUUAGGUAGCUUUCAUCAAACUCUGAAAAUCUGUGGAGACGCAUGGUGGCGCUGCAGGAUAACAUCGCUGGGGGAGAAAACACAUUCUAUGCUGGAUGAUGUUCUGGACAUUGUUACCCAGUGCAAAAAGAGCACUAGGAAGACAGAAAGAACAAGGCUUCAAGUGGCAAACUAUAAGUUAUUCAACAAGGUUAAAAUCCUUAAGCCUCGGAAGAUUCGGUGGACAUAUCAGAGGCACCUUACCCAGAAGUGGGAAGGGUGAAGUGAUUCUGCAGGAAGACUUUGGGAAAGGAGCUAUGGAGAUUGGAGGGGCAGGCGUUCUGCAGAUAAGGCAAGUCCUGCUUUUCUUUGUUUUGCUGGGGAUGUCUCAAGCGGGCUCUGACUCUGGGCGCUUCUCAGUGGCAGAGGAAAUGCAGAGUGGGAGCAUUGUAGGCAAUCUGGCAAAAGACCUGGGGUUGGAAGUGGGUGAGCUAUUCUCCAGAGGGGCUCGUGUGGUCUCUAAUGAUAACAAACAGCGAUUGCAGCUGGACAUAAAUACAGGGGAUUUGCUCUUAAGUGAAGCACUAGACCGGGAGGAGCUCUGUGGCUCCACUGAGCCUUGUGUGCUGCAUUUCCAGAUAUUAAUGAAAAGCCCCUUGCAGUUUUUACAGAUUGAGCUCCAGGUCAAGGAUAUAAAUGAUAACUCUCCUGCCUUCUUAGAAAAAGAAAUGCUCUUAGAAAUCCCAGAGAAUAGUCCUGUCGGUGCUGUGUUCUUACUAGAAAGUGCAAAGGAUUUGGAUGUAGGAAUCAACGCUCUAAAAAACUACACAAUAAGCCCCAACUCUCAUUUCCAUAUUAAAAUGAGAGUCAAUCCGGAUAAUAGGAAAUACCCAGAGUUAGUUCUAGAUAAGGCGCUGGAUUAUGAAGAGCAGUCUGAACUCAAUUUCAUCCUCACCGCUCUGGAUGGCGGGUCUCCGCCUAAGACCGGGAGUGCCUUGGUCCGGGUGCUGGUCGUGGACAUUAAUGACAACUCCCCUGAGUUUGAGCAGCCAUUUUAUGAGGUGAAGAUUUCAGAAGACAGCACACUAGGCUCACCGGUUGUCACCGUCUCAGCUUGGGAUUUAGAUUCGGGGAAAAACGGGGAAAUAUCAUAUAUGUUUUCCCAUGCCUCAGAAGAUAUUCGCAAGACAUUUGAAAUUAACCAAAAGUCUGGAGAAGUGAGUUUAACUUCACCCCUGGAUUUUGAAACAACUGAAUCAUAUUCCAUAAUCAUUCAAGCCACAGAUGGGGGAGGCCUUUUUGGAAAAUCAACACUCAGAAUUCAGGUGAUGGAUGUGAAUGACAAUGCUCCUGAAGUGACUGUGUCAUCAAUUACCAGCCCAAUCCCAGAAAAUUCUCCGGAGACUGUGGUUAUGGUUUUUAGUAUCCGAGAUAGAGACUCUGGGGAGAAUGGGAGGAUGAUUUGUUCUGUUUCAGAAAACCUCCCGUUCGUGCUAAAAUCUUCUGUUGAGAAUUACUACACGUUGCAAACGGAAAGAAUGCUGGACAGAGAAAGCCAAGCGGAGUACAACAUCACCAUCACGGUCACUGACAUGGGAACUCCCAGACUGAAAACCGAGCACAACAUAACCGUGCUGGUGUCCGACGUCAAUGACAACGCCCCCGCCUUCACCCAGACCUCCUACACCCUCUGGGUCCGCGAGAACAACAGUCCCGCCCUGCACAUCGGCAGCGUCAGCGCCACAGACACAGACGCGGGCGCCAACGCCCAGGUCACCUACUCGCUGCUGCCGCCCCCCGACCCGCUCGUGCCCCUCGCCUCCCUCGUGUCCAUCAACCCCGACAAUGGCAACCUCUUCGCCCUCACGUCCCUGGACUACGAGGCCCUGCGAGCCUUCGAGUUCCGCGUGGGCGCCUCCGACCGCGGCUCGCCCGCGCUCAGCAGCCAGGCGCUGGUGCGCGUGCUCGUGGCGGACGCCAACGACAACGCGCCCUUCGUGCUCUACCCGCUGCAGAACGCCUCGGCGCCCUGCACCGAGCUGGUGCCCAGGGCGGCCGAGCCGGGCUACCUGGUGACCAAGGUGGUGGCGGUGGACGGCGACGCGGGCCAGAACGCCUGGCUGUCGUACCAGCUGCUCAAGGCCACGGAGCCUGGGCUGUUCGGCGUGUGGGCGCACAACGGCGAGGUGCGCACGGCGCGGCUGCUGAGCGAGCGCGACGCGCCCAAGCAGCGGCUGGUGGUGCUGGUCAAGGACAACGGCGAGCCGCCGCUGUCGGCCAGCGUCACGCUGCACGUGCUGCUGGUGGACGGCUUCUCGCAGCCCUACCUGCCGGCCCCGGAAGCGGAAGCGGCGGCCGCGGCGCCGGCCGACCCGCUCACCGUCUACCUGGUGGUGGCCUUGGCGUCGGUGUCGUCGCUCUUCCUCUUCUCGGUGCUGGUGUUCGUGGCGGUGCGGCUGUGCAGGAGGGGCGGGGCGGCCUCGGCGGGUCGCUGCCCGGUUGUCGAGGGCCACUUCCCUGGCCAGCUGGUGGACGUCAGCGGCACGGGGACCCUGUCCCAGAGCUACCAGUACGAGGUGUGUCUGAUGGGAGGUCCUGAGACGAAUGAAUUUAAAUUUCUGAAGCCGAUUCUCCCCAAUCUCCCGACCCAACGCACUGGGAAAGAAAUAGAGGAAAAUCAUACUUCCUACAAUAGCCUUGGGUUCAAUAUUCAGUGACCAUAAUUAAGUUUUAUAUCUAAUAUACAUGUUGUUUUGUGCUGCUUCCACACCAUCGUUAUUUCCCCCCAAAUAUGUGUUUGAAAUUGCACUGUUACUUUAUAUCUUCGCAUGUUGUACCCAUCUUCUUUUAAGUCAAUGCUUAUUUUUUGUGGUUGUAAUUAUUACAAAUAGUAAUUUACUCUCUAACCAAGGAGGUCUUAAUUCAUAAUUAAUUAACUUGCCUUACACCAAGUAAAUUUUUUCACAUGGCUCCUUCUUCAGUUGAACUUUCACUCACAAUUAUGCUUUUGAUAAAAUAAAGCAGAUCACUUUCAAAGUA